UUGAGAGACACGUUGAUGUUUGGUGUUCGUGCUACGUUACUUCGUUUAAAAAAAUAUUUCAGUACAACCAUGACAACAUGGUCAGCCGUUAGAGACCGACUUCUGUCGUUCCUGCGCCGCUGCUGCCAAUCGCGGAGCAACAGGCUAAGGGAGCUGGAGGCCGGGCUGAGGGCCGAGAGGCGGGAGACGGAGAGACUGCGAGACAGGUUGGGGAAGCAAAGGAAGAGUUUGCUGGAUGAAGUAGACAGACAGAUAAGGCUGAAGAUGCUCUAUGAGUCAGAGAAAAAGAGGUGCCAGGUAAGCACUGCGUGGAAAGGGCACCUCUAUGAGAGUCAGCUCCAGCAGUACCAGGAGAGCGUGGCAUCCAUGGCCAAGGAGACGGAGAAAGCGAGAAGCAACGUGCAGGAUGCACAGAGACUCCGACUGAAGGAGGAAGAUCAACACAGACUGGUGGAGGAAGGUCUGAAAGCGCAGUGGGAGGAGGAGAGAAGCACCGCGAGGCAGGAGAAAGAGGAAAUGAUGAGAAAAAUCAAAAAACUAGAGGCACUGAGACAAAAAGACCAAGAGCAGCAAAUACUGUUGGAAAAGAGACUUUUGGUAGCUGUGGUAAAAGUCGAGGAGCUAGCAGCUGUGCGGGAGCAAAGAUUGGACGGAUAGGAUGAAAGAACAGAGAAAAAAGAAUGAAGAAAAAAAUAUCAGAUAAACUGAUCUCAACAAAUACAGUCAAGCCGGAAAGUCUGCACACCCCUUUCACCUUCUCCACGUUUUAUUACGUUACAGACUCAUUCUAUAAUAGAUUGAGUUCUUUUUUUGCCUCAAACAUCCACACAAAAUAGCCCACAAUGACAUUUGUGCUGAUUUAUUAAUUAAAAAAUGUAUUAAAAACCUCAGAAACAGGAUUGUAUUAAGGCAUAGAUCUGGAGAAGGGUACAGAAAAAUUGCUGCAGCUUUACAGAUCCCAAAGAGCACAGUGGCCACCAUCAUUCGUAAAUGGAAGAAGUUUGGAACCACCAAAAAUCUUCCUAGACGUGGGCGCCCGGCCAAACUGAGCGAUCGGGGAAGACAGGCCUUGGCCAGGGAGGGGAGCAGGAACCCAAGGGUCACUCUGACAGAGCUCCAGCGUAUCCUUGUGGAGUUAAGAGAACCUAUCAGAAGAUCAACCAUCCAGGCAGCACUCCACAAAUCACCUUUAUGGUAGAGUGGCCAGACGGAAGUUUGCCAAAAGGCACCUAGAGGACUCUCAAACCGUGAGAAACAAGAUUCCAAAAUUGAAAUUUUUGGCCUGAAUACCAAGCGUCACAUCUGGAGGAAACCAGGCACCGCUCAUCACCUGGCUAAUGCCAUUCUUACAGUGAAGCAUGGCGGUGGCAGCAUCAUGAUGUGGGGAUGUUUUUCAGCAGCGGGAGCGGGGCGUCUAGUCCUGAUAGUGGGAAAGAUGAAUGCAGCUAAGUACACCGAGAUCCUUGAAAAAAAACCUGCUCCAGAGCGCUCUGGACCUCAGACUGGGGUGAAGUUUAAACUUUAAACAAUGGAGUGGCUUUGGAGUCUGUGAAUGUCCUUGAGUAGCCCAGCCAGAGCCCAGACCUGAAUCCAAUCAAACAUGUGUGGAAGGAGCUGAAAAUGGCUGUGUACCGACGCUCCUCAUCCAACCUGACGGAGCUUGCAAGGAUAUGCCAAGAGGAAUGGGCAAAAAUGUCCAGAAACAAGUGUGCCAAGCUCAUAGCUUCUUUCCCAAGAUGCUUUAAAGCUGUAAUUGCUGCCAAAGGUGUAUCAACCAAGUAUUAGGCUAAGGGUGUGUACAGAUAUGUAACCCCUAAAUAAACCAUUUUUGUCAGUAAAAUAAACUCAAUCUAUUAUACUGUAGAAUGAGUCUGUAACGUAAUAAAACGUGGAGAAGGUGACAGGGGUGUGCAGACUUUCCGGCUUGGCUGUAAAUACGCCUCAUCAUCUCACAGGAAGAAGAUCCUGGGUGGCCGGGGAAUCGAACCCAGCAAAAUUCAACAGCUUGAACUAUUCCUCCGAGUAACGUUCAGAGGAGCGGAAAGUGUAUGGCAGCAUCGACACCUCGGCAAGAUCAGGCCAUCCCACCAAACUGUAUAAGCAAACCACGAGGACAUUAAUCAGAGGAGCUGCCCAGACAAUACUGCUGACUUUAAAAGCUGUACACAUCUGUAUGGCUGAGAAAUGUGUCAUUAUCUAAUGGCAUGAGAUGUAUUAGAUAAAUAGUGCUGGCUGAUGUGGAAUAAUGCUGCAAAAUAGAUAAAUAAA